ACAGUCCCUGGUGUCUCGUCCAUUUCAUCAAAUAGAAAUUAUGAAGGCCCUGUAUCUUUUAAAAAAAAAUCCCCUUUUGUAGCACUUCCCCAAAACCACCUAUUUAAUGCAGCCUUGCCAGUUUGCUCUUUAACAAUUCAGCCUUUUAUGUUAUUAAUGAAAACAUCUUGGUAGAGGACGGAAAGUCUCCUUCCUGGCACCACUUUGUUAAUGAAGCCAUGAGCUGGCUGGAACAAGACAUGCUGGGUCAGGCAUUCGAAGAUGCUUUUGAGGUAAUGCAGCAACAUUCAGCUGGGGACCAUCAGUAUUCCCCAGAUUACAAAAAUUACUUGACUUUUCUCAAUCAUUAUCCUCAUCUCAGAGGAAAUCCCAGCUGUUAUGGAGCUCCCACAGAAGAAACUGUCUAUAACUGGAGAACUGUGAUUAACAGUACUGCUGACUUCUAUUUUGAAGGAAGCAUCCAUCAUGCUCUGCAGAAUAUGACUGAAAACCAGGGGGUGCAAACUGCUCCUGUCCAACAAAGAGGCGGAAAAGGGAGAAAGAAGCUCCGCCUGUUUGAAUACCUUCAUGAGUCUUUAUGUGAUCCUGAGAUGGCGUCCUGUAUCCAGUGGGUGGAUAAGUCAAAGGGGGUCUUUCAGUUUGUUUCCAAAAACAAAGAGAAACUUGCAGAACUUUGGGGAAGAAGGAAAGGCAACCGCAAGACCAUGACUUACCAGAAAAUGGCCAGAGCCUUGAGGAACUAUGGAAGAACUGGAGAAAUUGUAAAAAUCCGCAGGAAGCUAACCUAUCAGUUCAGUGAGGCCAUCCUUCAGAGACUCUCCCCACCUUUGUUCUUGGGAAAAGAAAUAAUCUAUUCACAAUAUAUUCAAUCUGAUCAAGAACAACUCAGUUUAAAUAAUUGGAAUGCUAAUUAUAAUUACAUGUAUAGCAAUGACCAUGAUCUAGGUUACUUUGACUGCUAGGACAUGUGCCUUCCUUCCAUCCCCAUUACAGGGUUUUGAAGGCAUCAUAAAUUCCUAUAGGAUAAGAUAAGGGCUUUCCCCUCAAAUCAAGGCAAAAUUAAUUUAGUUUCAUUGUUGUUAUAUGUUGUAAUUAAAUGGUGUAUACAACAUCAUUUAAUUUCAUUGUUGUUAUAUGUUGUAAUUAAAUGGUGCAUGCAACUCAUGAAGUUGAAUGGAAUUCUAUAAAUGACCACAUUUUCUAUGAGAAACUGAACUGAAUGUAUGAAAAUUAAAUUUCUUUGAGAUUACUGCCUUAAAA